AUGGCUCAAUACUGGGCGUCGCGUCUUUCUUAUCUCCUCGACGAAUCAUACGAGGAGGAGGAGGAGCAAGCCAUGCCCAACCCGCACCCGCCUCUCGGGAAACUCCCCCGGCCCAGCCUGCUGCAAAUCCCCGUCUUCAACCCGCCUCCGCCCUCCCCCUCCCCGCUUCCGUACUUCUACCAGCCGCCGAAGCGCGUCGCGGCGCCGCAGCCCGCGCAGCAGCAGAAGAAGCAGCAGCGCCGGAGGCGGCACAGAAUAUGGGACGACCUCCCCACGCCGAUCGUGUACGAGAAGUACGAGCCGGUAGCGCCGGUAGCGGCGACGGCGGCGGCGGCGGCGGGUGAGAAGCCGAGCCGGCCCGACGCGUUUACAGAGAUUCCGCUCAGCAAUCGCGUUCGCGAGGAGCCGAAAGAGAAAUCCACGAAACUCGAGGAGUCGCUGAUAGUUCCUGCAUCCGACGCGGCGCAGGUUCUUCCGUCUCUCUCAAUCUCCUCACCCUCCUCCUCGUCGUCAUCGUCGAGAAGUUCCGAUAUGCGCCUCUUCGCUACCAGCAGCAGCUCUGAUAGUGGGCGCAGCGUGAGCAGCGCGAGCAGCAUAGGCAGCAGUGAGCGCGGCGCAGUGUACAGUUUGGGCCGGAAGCAGCGAAGCCACAGGGACGGGUGCGUGUGCGUCGUCGAUACCUCUCUCCUCUGGUCCUCCCUCGUCUCUUCACUCUUCCGCCCCUCUCUCCCCGCGCUUCCCGCGCCUUCCGCCGCAAACCACGCCGCACUUCCCGGCCCAACUGUCUACCCCGUGCUCCUUUCCCGGGAGUCGUCCACCGUCGAAAGCUCUGGCUAUGAUCUCAAAUCACCUGCGCCUCGGGUGCCAAGCACAGACGCUGCCGAACCGCAGGAGGUUCCUCAUGGCAUGAGAACGAUCGCGGAGCUGAUGGGAUUAGAUUCGGAGAAGCUGCUCGUGCACAUGGCCGGUCUGGUGCUGGGCGUCGUGUGGACGAUCAGCCUGCUCUACAGCGAAUGGAUUCAGUUCUGGUUACGACCGCCCAGCUGCUCCACGUGGCCAGACGAGAAUGUUCAGGGUCAGUACAUUCCCCCCAGAGAAUACAAGACAAUAGCAGUCAUCAACAGUCCAAAGCUCCUCCCCAGCACUGCUCUGCACGCGCAGUUCAUCACCGCCCGCCUCCGCAACGACCUCUACCUGCGCCGGGCUUUCCGAGCCUCCGUGCUCCGGUUCUCCCCGAGCCUCGUUGUCACGCUCGGGGACCUAUUCCAGUCCGGAGCUGACGCCACUUACCCCCUAUUUCGGGCAGAAGCGAGCCGCUACCACCACGUGUUUCAGACGCACGAUCCUUUCCUUGAUCCUCACACCUGGGAGAGGCGGCGACGGCAGCAGAUGGAGCGAGAGAGAGGGAGGGAGAAGGAGAGGGAGGAUAGGGCGGAGAGGGAAUCAAAGAAUGGUCAGGGAGGGGCGAAUGAGGGGGCCCAACGAGUGGCUAGUCCGGGAAGGAGUGUUUGGGAGUGGGUGCAGGGAGGGCUGUGGUGGGGGAGGUGGCAUCCGGGGGAGGGCGGGGUGAAUGUGCACAUGCGGACGGAUUUGGCUCAGGUGGCGGGAGAGAGAGACGUGGGAUUUAGCAGCACGCAGAGAAAGCAGCAUGAGCUGGCAGUGCGCUUUGAGCGAUAUGUGGGAGCGCUGAGCUUCCACGACAAGGUGGGCGCGGUGAGGGUGGUGGGGGUGAACGGGCUGGCCAUGGACGGCCACAGGCAGCACAACAACAGCACAAAGCAGCUGGAGGAGUUCCUGCAGAGUCUGCCAGAGCAUGGUGCCCAGGUCUCCUCACUCCCGCUCAUCCUCUUUUCGCACCUGCCGCUGCACUCCUCCACCAACCUCCCCUGUGGGGCCAACCCACAAGGCCAAGCAGUGGACUGGGACAAGGACGGGGAGGUUAGGUAUCAGGAUGCCAUAUCAAAGGAAGGUUCCAACCACCUGCUGCAGCUGUUGAGACCGGCUCUGGUAGUGUCAGGGCACGCAGAGGCAACCUGCUGGCAGCAGCGGCAGGUGCAAGGGACGCCCAGAGGGAACAGCAGCUCGGGUGGUGAUGCUUCUGCUGGGCGUGGCUCGUGGAAUGUGCUUGAGCUCUCUCUCCCAUCCUUCAACUUCAUCCACAGCACACACGCCAUCGCCGACCCGCCUGCAUUCCUCCUCAUCACCGUUCCCCUCGACCACCACCCCCAUGGAAGCUACAUGCAGCAGCAGAACACCCAGCAGAACCAGCAGCAAAAAGCGACGUUGGGGGGAGCGUCAGUGCACGUGCAGCUGUGUGUGCUGCCCACCCAGAUUCUCUUUCCUCCCUGGUAUUUCCUCGUCUCUCUCCUCUCCUGCCUCGCUUUCCUCCUCCUGCCCUCACGAGGCGUCUCCUGGGCGUCCCUGGCAGCGUUAGCAGCGCGCGUGGCAGCAGCGAGCAGAGAGGCAUGGACACUGCCUAAGCUGAAGGCAGAUGUGGAUGAAGAAGGGGAGCUGGAGCCCAUGUUUGACACGGACGGCAACAUGGUGCUUGUAAGGAGGGCCACUCCGAGACUUCCAGAUACUAUUCCCUCGUCUAUCACAUCUGAUAGAAGACCUGGGGGGGCGCAGCUAAGGGCGUCCAGGCAACAAGGGUCACAUGAUUCGCUAAUGGAUGCUGGUGGCAGCACUGGUGUCCCUCGGAUUGGAUCAUUCACAGACGUGUCCAGAGAUGGUGCUCAGGCAUCAGGAGGCGGUGGUGGUGAAUCAGGAGGAGAUGGGUUCAUGGCGACGAUUGCCAAGGGAGCAAAUCUGACCCCCAAGAUUGCUUUCCUUCGCUUGCUGCGGGCAAUUGGGCCGCUUACGCUGUUGAGGGUUAAUUCAGAAACGAGUGGUGAUUCACCCACCGCAGGUAACGGCUCAUUCGACGCGUCUACGGCGGGGGCGCACGCGUCCAUCACCUCCUCGCACGGCCUCACACCCCACCAGCUCGACUUCCGCGCCUUGGCUCAGGAAUUUGCAGCCAAUGAGCUGCUGCCACGUGCAGCAGAGUGGGACGCGCGGAAGCAUUUCCCAGUGGACGUGCUUCGGAAGGCGGCAGGGCUGGGCUUCGCUGCUCUCUUCGUGAAAGAAGACGUGGGAGGUUCGGGGUUGGGCCGGGCCGACGGGGCAGUGGUGUUUGAGGCGUUGGCGCAUGCUGACGUCAGCACGACGGCGUACCUGACGAUCCACAACAUGAAUGCGAGCAUCAUUGACAGGUUCGGGUCGGAGGAGCAGCGGCACAAGUGGCUACCAGCGCUCGCAACAAUGGACCUGCUCUCCUCGUAUUGCCUCACAGAACCCGGCAGCGGCAGUGACGCGGCUGCUCUCAAGACCACGGCAAGGCAGGCCACUGGCUCUACGGAUUACAUUCUGAAUGGAUCCAAGGCGUUCAUCAGCGGGGCAACAGCUGCUGAUGUGUAUGUGGUGAUGGCACGGACGGAUGGGGAGGGGCCCAAAGGAAUAUCGUGCUUUAUGGUGGAGAAGGGCAUGCCAGGGGUAUCAUUCGGGCAGCUGGAGAAGAAGCUUGGUUGGAACUCCCAGCCCACUGCUGCGGUCAUUCUGGAAGACGUGAAGGUUCCAGCAGCAAACCUUAUUGGGGGGAGGGGCAACGGCUUUCGAAUAGCAAUGACUGGGCUGGAUGGGGGAAGGGUGAACAUCGGGGCAUGCAGAUAG